GAUUCUUAACCACUGUGCCACCAGGGAAGCCACAGCCUAGACUUUUAAUGGCUUCCUACCGUCUGUUGAAUUAAGCACAGACCAGCCUAGCCUGGGCAGUAUGGGUAAACUCACUUCUUGCCAUUCCCUUAGAUUUUAUUAUAUUUUCCAAGUUUGUGGAACUAUUUGCUCUUUGUUGCUGUCGUGCUCUGUUGCUUUUUCUAUCCUAAAUGACCCCCUUGAAUCUCUAAUUGUUGGUUCUCACCCAUGUUUCAGGGCCAUUUGAUUGGAACUCUCUUUGUGAAGCUUUUCUGUACUUUUCUCCCUAUCUAGAUGGGACUUGUUUCUCCUUCAAACCAUUAUAACACUAGAAUCUGCCUUUUGCCCCAAUUGCCAACAUAAGACUGCAGCUUUUUCAAGCCAUGGGCCAUCUUCUUCAUUAUCUAGCACAGUGUUUUGUACAUAGGAGGUACUUGGCAAAUAUAUUUUAUAUUGAACAUAGCUUUGAACCAGGAUAGAUGCAAAGAAAAUUCUUUGUGCAAACAAAAUGUCCAUCAUAAAGCCUGUAAAUGAAGUUACUUAUGUGAGAUAAUUUGUUACUGAGAGAGCUGGUGUAUUGGUCUGGAUAGCUUGGAUUAGGCUUCAUUAACAAAAACCCUUAAGACUUCAGUGGCUUAACAGAACAAAAGUUGACUUCUCAUUCAUGCCACAUGUCCAGCAUGACUGCACAGGUAACUCUCCUCCUCUCAGUCACUCAGGGACCCAUGCUGUUGGAAACUCCAUCUUAAUAUGGUGUUUCCAUGAUCAUUUUGAUCGAGUGGAAGAUGGUGAUCAAGGGACACUGGACUUUCAAGUUUCCAUCCUGAAGUGGCACCUGUCUCUUUCAUUUCCAUAUCAUUGGCUAAAGCAAGUCAUAUGGCCAUGCCUGACUUUAAAGAAGGGCAAGGAAUUGCUGUCUUAGCAUGUGCCUGGAAAGCAAAGAGCCAGAAGUAACUGUUGGACAGCAGUAAUGACUGCUACAUCUUCUUUGAGUAUCAUGGCCCAUGGAAGAUUAGAGGUAGCGAAAUCAGAUGGGCUACUAGAGAGAAACACAUUGCCAGUAGCAAGAAAUAAUAGCUCUAACUAGGCGUGGAACGAGGGUGGAUUGGAAGUCAGAACUCCAUUACAAGCACUGUAAUGCUUGUAAUGUAACAGGCCGAGGCUGUUGAUACGAGGGCAGUCAGUGAUUUUCCAGUCAUAGCACAGUCACUCCUGAGGGCAUCACUAUUUUACAGCACCCUCAGUGAUGAACACAGAGAUAGUCCUGAGGCAUCCACAGAAAGUUCAAUUAUAUUCAGGAUACACAAUUUAAAAAGCAAGGAAGUGUGUACUGACUCAAGGUACAUUUUCACUUGAAUGGUUAAAAAGGAUCCUAGUUCAACCUUACUGGUUUAACUGGGUUUAAUUGAGGCUAUAAAACUUUGGCGCUUGGGGAGGAGAUUUCGCUUUUAACAAAGAAAGUGAAACCUGGGUAGAAAUCUUGCUCCUGCCAUUGAUUAUCUAACAUUGAGCAAGUGUCUGAUUCUGAAGUCCGAGUUGCAUCAUCAGUGAAAUGCGUAGGGUGGUUAUGAGUUCACUUUAUGUAAAGUGCUUUGCCCGGUUCCUAGUUCAAGGUAAGGACUCAUGAUUAUGACUAUCAACGUCAGCAGCAGCAGCAGCAGCAGGAUUUGAAGAAACUUUGAGAAAUCAGGUCAUGUAGGAAAUCGUAAAUCAUGUGAAGAUGGGACUCUUGGUAUUUGUACGCAAUCUGCUGCUAGCCCUCUGCCUUUUUCUGGUACUGGGAUUUUUGUAUUAUUCUGCGUGGAAGCUACAUUUAUUCCAGUGGGAGGACUCCAAUUCAGUGGUUCUUUCCUUUGACUCCGCUGGACAAACACUAGGCUCAGAAUAUGAUCGCUUGGGCUUCCUCCUGAAGUUGGACUCUAAACUGCACUCAGGCUGCUCAGUGCAGUCAGCUGCAGCCCAAUUGGAUGAUGCCUCCAGAGGGUUCAAGUCUGGUCCCUGGAGAGGCUCUGGCUUCCCAAAAAGGAGUCUACUGUUCAAAGCGGAGGGUCCUAGGGAAAGGCUCAGGGCUACAGUCUGCUGCCCAGACAUCGAGCAUAAGACCCUCCAGGUCCAUCCAUAUCGCUGCACAUCUAGAGCCCUGAUUCUUGAAGCAUUUUGCCAGAAGUUGAUGGUGUUCACUAGAGAGAGGAAAGAUGUGGCUGAAGGUUUGUCUGCUGUUGUACAUGCAUUUCUACGUGCAUUUCUGCAAUGCACUAUGUUAAAGGGACGACCACCAUCCGUCUUUCCUUUUCUUUGUGAAACUUUCUGGAAUUCAGAAAGACCAUCGGAACCCACAGUACCAGGCAAGCCUGCUGAGUUAGCCACCAAGUACGCAAACUUUUCAGAGGGAACUUGCAAGCCUGGCUAUGCUUCAGCCUUGAUGACUGCCAUCUUCCCCCGGUUCUCCAAGCCAGCACCCAUGUUCCUGGAUGACUCCUUCCGCAAGUGGGCUAGGAUCCGGGAAUUUGUGCCGCCUUUUGGGAUCAAAGGUCAAGAUAAUCUGAUCAAAGCCAUCUUGUCCGUCACCAAAGAGUACCGCCUGACCCCUGCCUUGGACAGCCUCAGCUGUCGCCGCUGCAUCAUCGUGGGCAAUGGAGGUGUCCUUGCCAACAAGUCUCUGGGGCCACGAAUUGAUGACUAUGACAUUGUGGUCAGACUGAACUCAGCACCAGUGAAAGGCUUUGAGAAGGACGUGGGCAGCAAAACUACGCUGCGCAUCACCUACCCUGAGGGGGCCAUGCAGCGGCCUGAGCAAUAUGAACGGGAUUCUCUCUUUGUCCUCGCUGGCUUCAAGUGGCAGGACUUCAAGUGGUUGAAGUACAUCGUCUACAAGGAGAGAGUGAGCGCGUCAGAUGGCUUCUGGAAAUCUGUGGCCACUCGGGUGCCCAAGGAACCCCCUGAGAUUCGCAUCCUCAACCCAUAUUUCAUCCAGGAAGCCGCCUUCACCCUCAUCGGACUGCCUUUCAACAAUGGCCUCAUGGGCCGCGGGAACAUCCCGACCCUCGGCAGUGUGGCAGUGACCAUGGCACUACACGGCUGUGAUGAGGUGGCAGUUGCAGGCUUCGGCUACGACAUGAGCACACCCAAUGCACCCCUGCACUACUACGAGACUGUGCGCAUGGCAGCCAUCAAAGAGUCCUGGACACACAACAUUCAGCGAGAGAAGGAGUUCCUGCGGAAGCUGGUGAAAGCGCACGUCAUAACUGACCUAACCAGUGGCAUCUGAGGUGGACCCAGCACGUGGCCACAGAAGUCCAGCCACCGCCACCUGCCCACUUCACUGGCCUCGGUCUGGCUCUGCCUGAGAGGUGUGGGAGCCUUCAGACCCAGAGAAGGACAGUGCCAAGUGGCCCCAGGGGUGGUGAGGCCUUGGUGGGGCAGCCAGAGUUGUGUCUGCUCAGAGCCCAGCCUCAGAGGCCAGCACUAGGCCUCACUGUCAGCCUGGGUCCUUGAAGCCAGAGGGCCAGGAGGCCACUGGCCAUGCCCAGCGGGCCCAGCAUGCAGGAGGCGGACAUUAGGCAGCAAGGCUGCUGCCAGAAUCAUUUCUCCAAUCAGUGUUCGGUGUAUUAUCAUUUUGUGAAUUUGGGGUGGGGGGAGGGUAGGGAUAAUUUAUUUUUCAAUAAGGUUGGAGAUGUCAAGUUGGGUCUACUGACCGUGCAGAAGACCCACCAAAGGGCCCCUCAGGCAGUGGUACCAAUGGGCUCCCUGCAGAGUGGGAGUGCCAGGACUAGCCUGUGCCCUGCUCUGGGGCUACAGGGAGAUGGGCAGGAUCUCAGGCCAGCCCCUUCCAGCUCAUGACACUGUUUGGCCUUUCUUGGGGAGCAGAUGAGAUAGUCCCACUCAGCAGCCCCCAGCUGUCCCACAGAGAAACGCUGGAGCCAUCCUUUAAGCCAACAAGACGCCCCUGGGCUUGAGUGGAGAGAACUUCGGAGCUCGGGCGGUGAGGCCUGGCCCAACCUGAUGGGAAUGCCCCUCCCUCCCCAACUGCAGCCGACCCAUAGGACAGUGCCCCAGGCCUGGAGUGACAACUUGGCAGCUGUUCUGGGUUUCAGCAGUGAGACUGCCAGGUCCUUGGGUUCUGCCUUUAGCCUGGACCAGAGGGAAGUGAGGCUCAAGGACCUCAUCCAGGCUGUGGCAGCCAUCCUGAGCAGCCAUCAUGGAAGCAAUAAAGCUCUUCCC